UACCACAUCCUCGACAUCCUCGGUUACGGCACCUAUGGCUGCAUCUAUCUCGCCAAGUCCGUCUCCAGCAGCCCCGACUUCACACCCGAGUACAAAGCCGUAAAGUGCCUCUCCAAGAGGGGUCUUUCUCCCGCUCAGUUGCUCAUCCAGCGCCAGGAGAUCGACAUCCAUCUCUCGCUCUCCUCCGCCAAGGACGGCCAGCACCCCAACGUCGUCGACAUGUCCGCCGUCAUCGAGACCAAGGACUCGCUCUACUUGAUUAUGGAGUACUGCUCCGGUGGUGACCUCUACGAUGCCAUCACCUCCCAGCACGCCGCCGCCGCUGACUCUGGCAUGGGCUUCGACAGUUCAGUCCUCGAUGCCAUGGACCAGAUCAUCUCUUCGUUGAUCCACGCUCACAGCCACCAGGUCUUCCAUCGUGACCUCAAGCCCGAGAACAUCCUCGUCGCUGGCGAUGGAUCGCUCAAGUUGGCAGAUUUCGGUCUUGCUACCAAGGAUCGCGUCUCGUCCGAUUUUGGAUGCGGCAGCUCCUUUUACAUGGCCCCUGAGCAGCAGCCCUCGACAAGUCGUCGCCCUUAUCUCCCUGCCAAAUCUGAUGUCUGGUCUUUGGGCAUCAUCUUUCUGAAUUUGAGAUUUGGUCGCAACCCCUGGAAGAUGUCGCGUGCUAAUGCUGAUCCCACGUUUGCCGCGUACGUCGAGGACUCCAAGGUACUCGAUGGUAUGUUUCCCGAGUUGUCUGCAUCAGCACUCCACUUCUUGCACCGCGUGCUCUGUGUCGAUCCCAACGAGCGCGCUGACUGCUUCGAGGCCUUG